AAGUCAGUGAGCGGUGAAAUUUAACACCGGCCGGAUUUGCUUGGCUCCUCUUCUUCCAGGCAAAGCAGCCGGCGGCAGUCCACGCCGAGCGCCUGCAGUUGCCACCGGCCCCCUCGCACCGACUUGAUUUCCGAAGCCCAAAGCAGAGGACUCCACUGGAGUCACAGAGUCGCCUUUGAACCGCAAGUGAACUUGAGUGCUGCACUAGCAGCCCGGCUCCCGCUGCCGCCGGCGCCCCGAGGCCUCCCAGUGAGGUUUACCUCCUCGCCCGCCGUCCCCGGGGAGCGCAACCCUGGGCUCGUUCGUUACCGAGCCAGAGAGCUAGGAAGCCUGUCCUCCCCUUCGGGUGCUAUUUCCUACCUCCUCCCGACUUCACCCCCUCCCCUCCUUUUUUUCUUGUUGCGGGUUUGAAGCAUGGUUUUCAUGUGACUGUUUUUUCCCUUUUUUCAUGGACAGUACCUGCACCCUAAGCAGUUCAGAGUUGGCUUCUGUUUUCCGUUAGCGCUUUGCUGCACGGACAAAUGCAUACAAAUGCAUUUAAGAGCCCACAGAACAAGGCGUGGAAAAGUCUCCCCCACGGCAAAAACGAAACCACUUCUUCAUUUUAUUGUACUAUGUGUGGCUGGGGUUAUUGUUCAUGCACAAGAACAAGGCAUAGAUAUUCUUCAUCAACUAGGCCUUGGAGGCAAAGACGUAAGACACUCAUCAUCAGCGACUGCUGUACCAUCAUCCUUUACACCAUUACCUCAGGGGGUCCAUUUAACAGAACCAGGAGUCGUUUUUAAAAAUGAUGCUUAUAUUGAGACACCUUUCGUGAAAAUUUUACCAGUCAACUUAGGGCAGCCGUUUACAAUAUUAACUGGGUUACAGUCACAUCGGGUGAACAAUGCAUUUCUCUUCAGCAUUAGAAAUAAAAAUAGACUGCAAUUAGGAGUACAAUUACUACCUAAAAAAUUAGUAGUACACAUUAGAGGAAAGCAGCCUGUAGUUUUCAACUACAGUGUUCAUGAUGAGCAAUGGCACUCAUUUGCCAUUACUAUCAGAAACCAAAGUGUCUCAAUGUUUGUUGAGUGUGGAAAGAAAUAUUUUAGCACAGAGACUAUUCCAGAAGUUCAGACCUUUGAUUCUAAUAGUGUGUUUACUUUAGGAAGUAUGAAUAAUAAUUCUGUCCAUUUUGAAGGAAUAGUAUGUCAGUUAGAUAUCAUUCCUUCUGCAGAAGCAUCUGCAGACUACUGCAGAUAUGUGAAACAGCAGUGUCGCCAAGCAGACAAAUACCAACCUGAAACAAGCCUUCCUUGUACAACUCUCAUACCAACUAAGAUACCGGAACACUCUCCCCUGCCCAAACGAUUUGCUGAAAAAGUACUGUCAGAGGGUACAUUUACUGAAGGCAAAAGCAUUCCAAAUAUCAUAAAAAAUGAUUCUGAAACCGUGUAUAAAAGACAAGAACACCAGAUAUCAAGAUCUCAGUUAUCUUCUCUUCAGUCAGGAAAUGUCUCUGCUGUGGAUCUCACAAACCAUGGGAUUCAGGCCAAAGAAAUGAUCACUGAGGAAGAUACUCAGACAAAUUUAAGCCUGUCAGUGACCCCUCAUCGCAUCAGUGAGGCAAGAAUGAAUACCAAAGAGAAAUUUAGUUCUCUCCUAAACAUGUCUGACAAUAUCACACAACAUGAUGAUAGAGUAACUGGUCUGUCACUGUUUAAGAAGAUGCCAUCUGUUCUUCCACAAAUAAAACAAGAUACAAUUACUAAUCUCAAGAAGGCUAUCACAGCAAAUCUACACACUAACGAACUCAUGGAAAUGCAACCGAUUUUAAACACAAGCUUGUAUAGAGUGACAAAUGAGCCAUCUGUGGAUAAUCACCUUGAUCUAAGGAAAGAAGGUGAAUUUUAUCCUGAUGCUACUUAUCCCAUCGAAAAUAGCUAUGAAACUGAGCUUUAUGAUUAUUAUUAUUAUGAGGAUCUAAAUACAAUGCUUGAAAUGGAGUAUCUGAGAGGGCCAAAAGGAGACACUGGACCUCCUGGUCCACCUGGUCCAGCAGGUAUCCCAGGUCCGUCAGGGAAGAGAGGUCCACGGGGCAUACCAGGGCCACAUGGAAAUCCUGGGUUACCUGGAUUACCUGGUCCAAAGGGCCCCAAAGGAGAGCCAGGAUUUUCCCCAGGUCAAGCUGUUCCUGGAGAAAAGGGUGAUCAAGGCCUUUCUGGAUUAAUGGGCCCCCCUGGUAUGCAAGGUGAUAAGGGUCUCAAAGGACAUCCUGGACUCCCAGGACUUCGAGGUGAACAAGGAAUUCCAGGAUUUGCUGGUAAUAUUGGUUCACCUGGUUACCCUGGCAGGCAGGGUUUAGCUGGACCAGAAGGUAAUCCAGGUCCUAAAGGUGCACGAGGUUUUAUUGGCUCUCCUGGAGAAGUGGGACAAUUGGGACCUGAAGGAGAACGGGGCAUUCCUGGGAUCCGUGGAAAGAAGGGGUUUAAGGGGAGACAGGGUUUUCCAGGUGACUUUGGAGACAGAGGCCCUGCUGGUCUUGAUGGCAGUCCUGGACUUGUAGGUGGCACUGGUCCUCCGGGGUUUCCUGGGCUUAGAGGCAGUGUUGGCCCUGUGGGACCAACUGGACCUGCUGGAAUUCCUGGCCCAAUGGGCCUUUCAGGGAAUAAAGGACUACCUGGAAUCAAAGGUGAUAAGGGUGAACAAGGCACAGCAGGAGAGCUAGGAGAACCAGGGUAUCCUGGAGACAAGGGUGCUGUUGGUUUGCCAGGACCACCAGGGAUGAGAGGAAAGCCAGGGCCUUCAGGCCAAACAGGUGACCCAGGACUCCAAGGACCAUCUGGCCCUCCAGGACCAGAGGGUUUUCCGGGAGAUAUUGGGAUUCCUGGACAAAACGGCCCUGAAGGACCAAAGGGAAUCCUUGGAAAUAGAGGACCUCCUGGACCUCCUGGUCUCAAAGGAACUCAGGGAGAAGAAGGACCAAUUGGACCCUUUGGGGAACUGGGGCCAAGAGGAAAACCAGGUCAAAAGGGGUAUGCAGGUGAACCAGGACCAGAAGGCUUAAAGGGAGAAGUAGGAGAUCAAGGAAAUAUUGGAAAAAUUGGUGAAACAGGACCUGUUGGCUUACCUGGAGAAGUUGGGAUGACUGGAAGCAUUGGUGAAAAGGGAGAACGUGGAAGUCCAGGCCCACUAGGUCCCCAGGGAGAAAAAGGUGUUAUGGGAUAUCCAGGUCCUCCUGGCGUUCCAGGACCUAUCGGUCCAUUGGGAUUACCUGGUCAUGUGGGGGCAAGAGGACCACCUGGGAGUCAAGGUCCUAAAGGACAAAGAGGACCAAGAGGACCAGAUGGUCUCUUAGGGGAACAAGGUAUACAAGGUGCCAAGGGUGAGAAAGGAGAUCAAGGAAAAAGAGGGCCUCAUGGUCUUAUUGGUAAGACUGGAAACCCUGGAGAAAGAGGAGUUCAAGGGAAACCAGGUUUACAGGGAUUGCCUGGAAAUACAGGUGACAGAGGACUGCCAGGAGAGCCAGGACUGCGAGGACUGCAAGGUGAUGUUGGACCUCCUGGAGAAAUGGGCAUGGAGGGACCUCCAGGUAUUGAGGGAGAGUCUGGUCUGCAAGGUGAACCAGGUGCAAAGGGAGAUGUUGGACCUGCAGGCAGUGUUGGAGGAACUGGGGAACCAGGUUUACGGGGUGAACCAGGAGCUCCUGGAGAAGAAGGUCUCCACGGAAAAGAUGGGUUAAAGGGAGUACCAGGAGGAAGGGGACUUCCUGGAGAGGUUGGAGAAAAAGGAGAGAUGGGCUUACCAGGAAUUAUAGGGCCCUUGGGUAGAUUAGGCCAAAUGGGCCUUCCGGGACCUGAAGGAAUUGCGGGAAUUCCAGGGCAAAGAGGUCGUCCGGGAAAAAAGGGUGAUAAAGGACAAAUAGGACCCACAGGAGAAGUUGGAAGCAGAGGUCCUCCUGGAAAAAUUGGGAAAAGUGGUCCUAAGGGUGCCAGAGGAACUAGAGGUGCUGUGGGACACUUAGGAUUGAUGGGACCUGAUGGAGAACCAGGAAUUCCAGGGUACAGGGGCCAUCAGGGUCAACCAGGACCCUCUGGAUUGCCAGGACCUAAAGGAGAAAAGGGCUACCCAGGAGAAGAUAGCACAGUCCUAGGACCACCUGGGCCUCGAGGUGAACCAGGUCCAGUGGGGGAACAAGGAGAGAGAGGAGAGCCUGGAGCAGAGGGAUAUAAGGGCCAUGUGGGUGUACCAGGACUAAGAGGUGCCACUGGACAACAAGGACCCCCAGGCGAACCAGGUGACCAGGGUGAACAAGGACUAAAAGGAGAGAGAGGAUCUGAAGGUAAUAAGGGGAAAAAAGGAGCUCCUGGUCCUUCUGGGAAACCUGGGAUUCCUGGACUUCAAGGCCUACUUGGGCCAAAAGGCAUACAAGGAUACCAUGGAGCAGAUGGCAUUUCAGGAAACCCUGGAAAAAUUGGGCCACCAGGAAAACAGGGACUUCCUGGCAUCAGAGGCAGCCCAGGAAGAACAGGUCUUGCUGGGGCUCCAGGUCCUCCAGGAGUAAAGGGUUCAUCAGGCUUGCCAGGAAGCCCAGGAAUUCAAGGCCCAAAGGGUGAACAAGGGCUACCUGGUCAACCUGGAAUUCAAGGUAAAAGAGGUCACCGAGGAGCACAAGGUGAUCAAGGACCAUGUGGAGAGCCUGGCCUGAAAGGGCAGCCUGGAGAAUAUGGUGUUCAAGGUUUGACAGGUUUCCAAGGAUUCCCAGGCCCUAAAGGUCCCGAAGGGGAUGCUGGCAUUGUCGGGAUAUCAGGUCCUAAAGGUCCUAUUGGACACAGAGGAAACACUGGUCCACUUGGCAGAGAAGGUAUAAUAGGCCCAACAGGUAGAACUGGACCCAGAGGUGAAAAGGGCUUUAGAGGUGAAACUGGUCCUCAAGGACCAAGAGGUCAACCAGGGCCUCCAGGUCCACCUGGAGCACCAGGCCCAAGAAAGCAAAUGGAUAUCAAUGCUGCUAUUCAAGCCUUGAUUGAAUCAAAUACUGCCCUACAGAUGGAGAGCUACCAGAAUACUGAAGUGACUUUAAUUGACCACAGUGAGGAGAUAUUCAAAACCCUGAACUACCUUAGCAAUUUAUUGCACAGCAUCAAGAAUCCUCUUGGCACACGAGAUAACCCAGCACGAAUCUGCAAAGAUUUACUUAACUGUGAACAAAAAGUAUCAGAUGGAAAAUACUGGAUUGACCCAAAUCUCGGCUGUCCUUCAGAUGCCAUUGAGGUUUUCUGCAAUUUCAGUGCUGGUGGCCAGACAUGCUUACCUCCUGUUUCUGUAACAAAGUUGGAGUUUGGAGUUGGGAAAGUCCAGAUGAACUUCCUUCAUUUACUGAGUUCAGAAGCCACCCAUAUCAUCACCAUUCACUGUCUAAACACCCCAAGGUGGACAAGCACACAAACAAGUGGCCCAGGAUUGCCUAUUGGUUUCAAGGGAUGGAAUGGCCAGAUUUUUAAAGUAAACACUCUACUUGAACCUAAAGUGCUUUCAGACGACUGCAAGAUUCAAGAUGGCAGCUGGCAUAAGGCAACAUUUCUUUUUCACACCCAGGAAGCUAAUCAACUUCCAGUGAUUGAAGUACAAAAACUUCCUCAUCUCAAAACUGAACGAAAGUAUUACAUUGAAAGCAGUUCUGUAUGCUUUCUGUAAAGUCUCUGAAUUAGUUCCGAAUUUCAGGCUGUUGGCCAGGUAAUUGCUGAAGAGGGAGAAAUAAGACAGACAGAUACUGUCAUUAUGAAAUGCAUGUAAUAAAGCAUUGGCUAAAUCUUAAAGAAUCUCAGGAAGAACAGACUUCCUCCUAAGAAGGAGAAAAGGCAUUUUUAAAGGACUAUGAUUGAUAAAGUAUUUAAUUCUUUUAAAAAUUAUAUUGAUCUCAGCUUUCUUAAGAGAAUUCCCUAGAACUAAAAAUUUAUAAAUAUGGAAUUCUUCAGGGUAUCUUAUAUUUUUGACUGAGUGCGUAGUACCCAUUAGACAGCUGGAGAUGCAGAGCACUAUGGAGCAAUACUGGCUAAUGCUUCGAAAUGUGCACUGCUUCUGUCUAAAAAUUACAAGCCACAGUCUAAUAUGUCUUAUUUUCUAAAACACUAAGCUGUAUUCAGGUCCCCGAUGGACAUAUACAUCUUAGCCGGUGAUACACUACCUCUUACGUGUUGCCUCUUUGUGUUGCUUGGUGCUCUUUCGAAAACAAGGUGCUUAUGGCUUUCAUAGACUAUUUCCUUUUUCAUCUUUGUCAUUCUUUAAAAGUAUAUGUACUGGUUACAUCAAAAUAUGUUUUGGUUGUUAGUACUUAUUUUAAUUUGUUUGGUCACACACUUAAUAACACGUAAAACUAUUUAUGUGAAGUCCUUGUUUUAUUUUAAAAUUCUCUUUGUGUAUUUGGAAUCAAAGCCAGCACAUUGUAACCUGUGCUUGUAUGCAAAAGAAUUAGAUUUCUUUGUUUUUGUUUUAUUUUUUAAAUUGUUGUAAAAAUUAUUAUAGGCCAGCUACAUCUAGUAGUAGGUUUGGGGUGGAGAUUGGGGGUUGUGCCAUACUGUUUUUAAAGUUCAUGAUCAUCUGGAAUGAUACUUAGUGUAUAUAUGUUUUGUAAAGUGUUAAUUCAGCAAAUUUUUUGAAAUUGCUGCUGUUUUAAAUUAUAAAAACUUUAUAUUUCUGCUUUGUAGAAAUUAUACGUUUUGUAGUAUUCAUUGAUUUUCUUUCACUGUACUUAAAUUUAGUGUUAGUACUUUAAAAUUUUUAAUUUACCAGUCUUUAAAGCAACAUCCAGAAAAAAUAAGUCUUUUCCCAUUUAAAAUAGGCUCAGCCAGUUCAACGUCUCCUUGUUAUCAGAGAAAUGUUAGUUCAAUAUUGAAAGAAAAAUAUUAUACCUCUUGAUAUCUAGAAAAGCUUGGUCAUCCAUUAUAAAUAUAUCUUUAGCCACAGCAAACCACACUUAACCUAUCUGUAAUAAAAAUGUGCUUUAAAUAAUUUUGGGUGGUAUUUGUUUUUCCUCUUUUGUUACAAUAUGCUUUUAUUAUUUAUGAUAGCCCCUCUGGCAUAGCCUUUCUGUGUUAUGUAUAUUUAUAUUGUUAAGAAGUAUCUUUUAUAUACCUGCAAAAGGAUUAUAGGACCUAUUUCCAUGACAAAAAUAAACUCUUACAUAUAUGAUCAAAUGACUUUCAACAAGUGCGCCAAUGCCAUUCAAUGGAGAAAGGACAGUCUUUUCAACAAAUGGUUCUGGGAAAACUGGAUAUCCACAUGUAAAAGAAUGAUGUUGAACCCUUACCUUAUAUUACAUACAAAAAGUAACUCAAAAUGGGAGCAAAUAUCUAAACAAAAGAGCUAAAACUAUAAAACUCUUAGGAGAACACAGAAAAUCCUUCAUGACACUGGAUUUGGCAAUGAUUUCUUGGAAUGACAACGAAAGCACAGUCAACAAGAGAAAAAAAUAGACAAAUUGGACUCUCUCAAUAUUAAAAAUUCUCUGUGCAUCAAAGAACACUACCAAGAAAAUGAAGAAGCAGCCCAAGGAAUAUGAUAAAAUAUUUGCAACUCAUAUAUCUGAUAAGGGAUUAAUACCCAGAAUAUAUAAAGAACUCCAGUGACUCAACAAUAGAAGAACUAGCAACCCGGUUUAAAGAAUGGGCAAAGGACUUGAAUAAACAUUUCCCCAAAGAUAUAGAAAUGGCCAAUGAAUAAAAAGAUGCUGGCUGGGCACAGUGGUUCAUGCCUGUAAUCCCAACACUUUGGGAGGCUGAGGUGGGAGGAUUGCUUGAGUCCAGGAGUUCAAGACUAGCCUGGGAAACGUAGUGAGACACGAUCUCUACAAAAAUUUUCUAAAAAUUAGCC